AUGUAUGCCCUGGAUAACGACACCUGGUCUCUAUCUAGGAACGUGUUCGUCGAUGACUGGAACAUCUGCCGUAAGCGAGUCGACAAUGUCAAAGAUCUGCUAUUCGAUCAAUCACGUUUCGUUGUACGAUUGAUUCGAGUUCAUGCUAUGAUGGCAGUGACAACCAAUUGGGCUAUAUCUGGCAUGUUCUUUGAUGUUCUUCUCAAGUUCGGAUAUCAGCCUCAGAUUUUUGAGGAAUCCUCCGGGUUCAGGCAAGCCUUAAAGGAGUCAGAUGGGUCAUUUGAACUUUGCUACCAGUUGAUGUACGUCGAGCCCAGCGGAAGGCCAACUGACAGAGACCAGUGGUCAUUCCGACAAACUGGAGUCUAUCAGAAACACUCGAUGAAGACGAGGCAAAGCAAAUGCAUCUUGCUUCACUCCAAUGAUGAGCCUGCACUUCAAAAGCGACUCGAGAAACAUGCAGAGUCACCGGAGAAACUUGCCCUUGCUAGGCAUCCUAUGAACGUCCACCUGGUUGUUUUAUCAACUUAUAUCGUCCACUGGCAAGAUUAUAUCGAGAGUAUGGCAAAGUCACUCCAAGAUAUCCGGAAAUAUGUUCUCGUGAUUGACACGAAACGAACUAAAGUCGAGGCUAAACAGCUUCAAACUCUGAGAAAUAUAGAAGACAAGAUAGUUUGCAGAGCGAUUCGAUGCUUGCAAAGCACGGGAAAAACUGUAAAGACAUUGAUGGAAAUAAGUGGUUCCUGGCCGAAGGCAGACGCAACAUUCGCUGUCGAGUCGACGUCAGUAUAUGAGCGCCUCCGGCUCAUCGAUCACCGAUUAGAGAAUUAUGUCAACUCUGCGGAAAUAUUAGCUGAGAGGACUCGCGCCACGCUGGGGCUGCUGACGAACAUGCUUGAUGUUCAGAACCAAGCAGAUUCAGGAAGAAUAAGUUCCCGAAUGCUGCUUUUGACUCGCGAAAGUGUUGAUGACAACGCCACUGUAAGGGUUAUCACUGUAUGCACAUUGAUCUAUCUUCCAGCAUCAUUUACGGCGACCUUUUUCGGUAUGAACUUUUUCGAGUUUCAGUCUGGUUUAGCGGGAUUGCACACCAGCCCAAGCUUUUGGAUAUAUGUUGCAGCAACGAUACCAUUGACUUUCCUCACUGUCGGCGCCUGGUACAUCUUCAAAGUGCGACAUGAUAUGAAACGAAAGAGAAAGCGUGAUGAAGAGCAGGCUGAAUGAUACAGAGCUGAUCAUGUCCUGAUUUUUCAAGGCGCAAUUGGAAUCUCGUGCGCUCAUGUUAUG